GAUUGGUUGAAUAUCAUUGUACUCCACUACUAUAGAAACGGAAGGACGAGUUCCGCUGGAAAAAAACACCUCUUCUAUCCUGCAUCAAUCCAAGUUUUUAAUCCUAAACAACGAACGAACAAUGGCCCACCGUGAAGGAAUCACAACAGUCCCAGUUGAUUGGACUCUCACCAAAGCGUCCAAUCUUGUCGAAGAUCAGAAGGUCAUUAGUAUUGACGGUCGCUUACCAGUAGAAGAGGCUUGUAACGUAUUGAUCAACAACAACAUUUCCUCAGCACCUGUUUAUGAUUCCCAAAUUAACAAAGUAUCGACCGCCAUUCCUCAUCCCAAAUCCUAUAUUGGCAUGUUCGAUUAUGGCGACGUAAUUGCUUAUAUUUUAUUGUUACUCGAAAACACACCACAACCACCACCAGAAAAAGGAGAAGAAGAAGGGUUUCCUGAGAACCUAACCCAACAUCAUCCUCACAACCACCAAAGCCAGUUGAAGCAAGAAAAUUUAACAUUCGAAAUCAAGAAUAUAAUGAAGUAUGCAUUAGACGGCCAAGAAGUGCCAGUCAAAUUUGUCAGUGAUCUGUCACAGAAAAAUCCUUUCUAUUCAAUAAUGCCAGAAGCUACCUUGUUAUCAGCAGUGGAAGAAUUUGCUUAUGGAACUCACAGAGUUUGUGUUCUGAAUCCAGAGGGCAGUAUCAAGGGUAUUCUAUCGCAAUCAACGGUAGUGAAGUAUUUCUACGAACAUCAGCAGCAAUUUCCAGAUAUUGGAUGCAUGAUGAACAAAACUCUCAAAGAAUUGGGACUUGGAGAAUCGGAUGUUAUUGCCGUCAAUGCUGACUCUCCUGUACUAGAUGCCCUUGCUCUUAUGAGUAAGCAUAAUAUUUCUUCAGUAGCUGUUCUUGGGCAUCUGGGAGUUGUUCUUGGUAAUAUAAGUCUAACAGAUGUUAAGCAUGUAAUUAAAAGUUACGGACAUCAGUUAUUAUGGAAAACUUGCUUUCAGUUUGUUAGCCUUGUACGUUCAGAACAAGGUAUCAAUGAUGGACAGGACCGUUUACCAGUUUUUGAUGUCCGUUUAGAUACAACCCUUGGCUAUACUGUUGCUAAAUUAUUGGCAACUAAAUCCCAUAGGGUUUGGGUGAUUGACGAGAGAGAAAGGGCAAUUGGUGUAGUGUCUCUGACAGAUAUCAUGCGUGUUAUUGCUGUCAGUGCGGGAGUGGAAGUCAAGUCAUCAUUAAAUAAGCCUACAACUAAUACGACAUCAACAACAACAUUUUAACCUAUAUUUAUAGUCUUCCUGUUUUGUAGAAAUCACAAUAAAAAAAAAAUUGCUACUGUUUUCUUCAGUUAAUGGAAAACAGUUUAAAAAUGGGAAAAAAGAUCGCCAAAUUUUGAGAGAGAAUUUGGAACCUAAUUCUCAAAUAGGUGCCUGCAAACUUUUCUUGAAACUGUACCUCCCAAAAUCAAACUAGACGUUACUUUAUCCCCCAUGAUUUGACAUUCGAAAGGAAAAAAUGUGAGACCAUAGUUAACAAAAUCAUGUAGCAAAAGAUAU